AUGCCACCUGUGGGCUACCUCCGGUUUCAGGUAAAAAAGAUAAAAUAUAAAAAAUGCAUGUUACAAUGACUCUAUGUUUUCAGAUGCCAAAAGAACCAGCGAAAUGGCGAGGAGUGAUGAAUGCCACACAAUAUAGGUUUGUUAUCUUCUAUUGUUCUACUUAUAUGAUAAACAAGAAUUGAUUCACUAUGUACUAAAUCAAACAUUCCAAUAAUUUCGGUUGUGAAAACCAUCAUCAUGAAAAGAAACGACGUGGUUCUAGGCGGAAAUUUCCUCGUAGAAUUAACAAAAACAAAACCAGUGUAUGUGUGUGUGUGUCAGAAAAAUAAUGAGUUCAUGAGAAUUGAAGGGGCUCUGUGUGAUGAAAUGUUGCAGUUUGGGGCCCAAAUAUUGGUGAGACCAAAAUGAAAAUCACAAGGGUUUUUUUUUCAUGGCAAUUAGCGAUUCAAUUCGAGCUCUGUUUCCAGUGAUUACAUAGUAUGAGCUGUUUCGAUAAAUUCAAUAUUUCCAGUGCAAUGUGUAUGCAAAAUAUUGAUGAAAGCAAUGCCGGCGAGCCAGAAAGAUACGUGGCACAUGUUUCCGAAGAUUGUCUCUACCUCAACGUCUUCUCGCCGACACCGGUUUAGUUAAUUUUCAGUCAACACCAAAUGAAAUUGUUUGUUUACAGUACCAGUACACGAAUGACACAUAUCCGGUGAUUGUUUUCAUCCAUGGCGGCAGAUUCCAAACUGGUUCCGGAAGCGACAUUCCUCAGCGGGCAAUUCUCAGCAACUUUGUGUCACGCAAGGCAAGUGCUCUCCAUUUCUUCUUCUCCUUCUUCCUCUUCUCGCCUCUUUUUCUUCUGCUUUGCUUUUCUGCCAUCUCUAAGCUCAUCCUUAGCUCAAAAUGCUCGUACGCAAAAUUUGAUGGAAUAAUUUAUGGGGCAUCAAAUCGCGCUGAGCGUUGUAAACAUUAUCCGAUGAGGAGAGGAAGAGAGAGAGGGAGAACGAGGAACAUUUUUUUCGCAUCUUUUCAUCAUCUUGAUCUUUCUUUCUCGCUCUUUUGUACCGAGACAGAGACAAGUUCAGUGUGCAAAAAAAAAAUAAUUCUGCAGAAAUGAGGAGAAGGCGGAGAACAAGAGACGCUAAUUUCGACGUCUUUUCGUCGACAUCGAAUAUCCGCUUCCCACUUCUUUUUGAAACUUUUGCACUGAUUGCACUGCGCCACAACCAAAUUAACCCCUUUGUGAACUUUUUGCUCCAUUGACUUUUCGGGCAAAAGUCAGCAAUAUACAAAAAUUUAAAUUUCUUUCAGAUCGUAUUCGUCACAUUCAAUUAUCGGUUAGGACCUUUAGGUUGGUAACCAGGAACUGAAAAUGUUCCUUGAAUUCGCGUUUUUAGGGUUCGCAUCAACGGGUGAUAGCGUUUUACCAGGAAAUAUAGGGUUAUGGGAUCAAAUUUGGGCUCUCAAAUGGGUCAAGGUAGGAGAAAACUGAAUCGCUACUCGGGAAUAAGUUUUUUGUUAAUUUUAGGCCAAUGCAGAAGUGUUUGGCGGCGAUCCCUCCAAUAUUCUAUUGAUGGGCCAUGGGACCGGUGCGGCGUCCGCCUCAUUGUUGGCCUUGUCGCCGAGAGCUGAAGGUGAUCUUUCUUUUCAGAUUUUAUUACCUUAACAUUAGAAAUAUCUUUUCAGGACUCUUUCAAAAAGUACUUCUAAUGUCGGGAUCGGCGUUACAACCAGGUAUUGUGAGAAACACACAAGUGAAUGCCACGUGGAACAUGAAUGACCGAUUUGGAUGCCGGUAAUACUGUUUUUCAAGAACCAUUUGUAAUUCGUGUUAAUCCAGAGCUUUCAACUCUUCCGAGCUACUAGACUGUGCCCGGAAACGUUCAAAAGAAGAGAUAUUCCAAUUUAAGGUAAUUUUUAUAGAAAAGAAAACUUCAGCAUGCAGUUUCGUAUUAUAGCGCCUCCAUUAUGAUGAUUACGAAGAGUUCGUUCCAAUCAUUGAUGGAGUCGGCGGAAUUCUUCCCGAACCGCCGGAACAACUCGCGUUGCACAGAAGAAAAACGCCGAUUGUGAUUGGAACCACAAAAGACGAGAGUUCUCUUCGAAUAUGUAUGCAAUCAGUUCAGAAUAUGAAAAUAACGUGUUUUUUAGUACUUCUAAACGAGAAAGAGCUCAACUUCACCUCGCUCACAGGGGAAAACGGAGAAUUGUUAGCAGACAAUCUCACAAUGGGCUACAAACAGUUCCAGAAUCAUCGUCUCAUUUCUCAGGUGCCGUACACCUUUUGGUUUCAAAAAAUUUUACAUUUCAGGGUUGUAAAUCAGAGUAUGUCUGGACACAAGUGGACCCUUCCUUCCCUGAAUCCGUGUUAUUCAAUUCUCUACUCAAAGUAAUAAAUUUCCAAUAUCAUCCAUUUGAAAAAGAAUAAUUUACAGAUGUAUUCUCAUUUCUGGUACGACGCCCCUGCAUCUCAAUUAGCCACUUACUACCUCAAACACGAUCUACCGGUCUAUAUUUACUCUUUUGAUCAUAUUAGCGAAAAUUUCUAUGACAUUGACAGUGAGUACAACUUUUCUCGAACUUUUUUGCGAAAUUCGCAUUUCAGGGGCUUUCCACGGCGUUGAUAAACUACAUAUUUUCAACGUCACACCUAGGUUUUUGAAUAAACGAAAAGAUAUGAACUGGCAGUUGGACCAAAGGGUCGUCGAGAUCUUUUCGGAACUCGUUGCCAAUUUUGCGCUUUAUGGGUUUGUCUUAAUGAACAUUUUUGUUGAAAUAACGAUUUAUUCGAUUCAGAACGCCCACGCAUGAGAACGAUGGGUUCAGCUUCAACUGGACAUCAACAUCCGCCAAAGAAUUGAGUUAUUUAUCGAUAACUGAUAGUCCCAGCAUGCAGGUAAAAAUUAUCUGAGAGAAGAGAAGUUGAAAUGUUUGUGUAGGUUGGCUAUCGGUGGCAAGGUCACGUGUUCUGGAACUGGUACGCCAGGUCGCUUGACGCCGUGGAUGUUGGCAACAUUCAGAGAAUAGCCCAACUUGACAGGGAUGUCGGAAACUGGCAGGUUUGAUUUUUCAAAUGUUUACGACAAUUUCAAAGUAGAAAAUAACUUAAUUUCAGUUCGCCACUGCCAUGCUCUCCUUCUGCUCCCUGUUCUUCUUCGCCAUUCUCGUCGGAUUGGCCUGUUAUUGUACCAGAAAAGAGUCCGAUGAAGAUGAGCUCUAG